CAACGCAGCCCAGGGGCUGAGUCAGGGCUGGGCGCUGGCUGCGCCUCCAAGGGCGGUGGCUGUGGGCUGAGGCUCAAAACCACUCCAACUCUCGCUGUGCCACAUCGCAGCAUCGCCGUGCCGAGGAUCGAGACCCCCUCUCCUCAGCCCCUCAGCCAUGCCCACGGAGACGGAGCGCUGCAUCGAGUCCCUGCUGGCCGUCUUCCAGCGCUAUGCGGGACGCGAAGGGGACAACUGCACACUCUCCAAGAGGGAGUUUGUGGCCUUCAUGAACACCGAGCUGGCUGCCUUCACAAAGAACCAGAAAGACCCAGGUGUGGUGGACAGGAUGAUGAAGAAACUCGAUUUGAACAGCGAUGGAAAGCUUGACUUCCAGGAGUUCCUGAACCUCAUCGGGGGCAUCGCGGUGGCCUGCUACGAUUCCCUGGUUGUUAAGAACCCUUAAGACCCCAACCCCAGCUGCUGCAUCUCCCCCCACCACUGUGAACAUUCCUCAAACAAGAGCAAGCUGGAAGCGGUGCCCUUAAGACGGAGACAUCCUUAUUCCUCAUUUUUAUAUAUAAAAUAAACGGUUUAAAAUCCUA